AUAACCACGAUAACGCAUGAAAAGCCAUCUCUGUGGUGAAAAGGAAGUGGGAUUUCUCUUCGCGAACAGCCUUUUCCGGUCUAGAAGCAGACAUGGCGAACCCAAUAAGCAAGAAGAGGAAGUUUGUCGCCGACGGUGUUUUCAAGGCGGAGCUGAACGAGUUCCUGCGGAGAGAACUCGCCGAGGAUGGCUACUCGGGCGUGGAGGUGCGCGUCACACCACAGAACACAGAGAUCAUCAUCCUGGCCACCCGCACCCAGUCGGUGCUGGGCGAGAAGGGCCGCAGGAUCCGGGAGCUCACCUCGGUCGUCCAGAAGAGGUUCAGCUUCCCUGAGGGGACCGUGGAGCUGUACGCCGAGAAGGUGGCCUCCCGCGGCCUGUGCGCCAUAGCGCAGUGCGAGUCGCUGCGCUACAAGCUGAUCGGCGGCCUGGCGGUGCGCCGGGCCUGCUACGGUGUGCUGCGCUUCAUCAUGGAGAGCGGCGCCAAGGGCUGCGAGGUGGUGGUCUCGGGCAAGCUGAGGGGCCAGCGAGCCAAGUCCAUGAAGUUUGUGGACGGCCUCAUGAUCCACAGCGGCGAGCCUACCAACGACUACGUCGAGACCGCCGUCCGCCACGUGCUGCUCCGGCAAGGUGUGCUUGGCAUCAAGGUGAAGAUCAUGCUGCCGUGCGACCCCAACGGCAAGCUGGGCCCCAAGAAGCCGCUGCCGGACCACGUCACCAUCAUGGAGCCCAAGAAGGAGCCCAGGAAAGAGGCGUCGGCCGUCGAGAACUUUGCCGAGAAGGCGGCCAGCGAGAAAGCUGCCGCUCUGUCUGCCCCCGCCUGAGGGAAGCCCCCAGGCGGCGGACAAUAAACGUUUUGUCUCAUGCUC